GGUUUCAAUUCAACUCUGUAAAAGUUUUGAUCUUUUCAUCAGAUGAUUCGCCUCAACAGGCAUUUGAUAUCUCUACAAGUUAGAUAGAUCUAGGUCUAAAAUAAAAGUCAUAUCAUAAUGGAUUCGUCAUUCUCAGACAUUGAAGAAGAUGUAUACCAGCGAUAUGCGUAUUUUGAAGAGGAAGAGCUCAGUGAUAUAUCAGACCCAGCCGAAUCACACGAAAAUAUAGGAGAGGAAGGAGGUACCCACAGACUGCAAGCAGGUAGGCGAGUAGGGAGGGACAAAGAACAAGGCCAUGGAGAAAGCAGCGAAGGUCACGUUGGAGAAGGUACUGGUAAAUCAUCCAGAGGUGGUCAAGGAGGCAGAGGGAAAGGAAGACCCAGAGGAGGCAGCAAAGGACGGGUAGGAAAAAGAGUAAGCAUUGUAACAGGCACUGGCAGAGGAAGAGGCACAGGAACCAGUAAAGGACAGGUUGGAAGAGAAUCCAUAGGCAGAGGAAGAGGUGCAGGAACCAGCAAAGAAGGACAGGUUGGAAGAGAAUCCAUAGGCAGAGGAAGAGGUGCAGGAACCAGCAAAGAAGGACAGGUUGGAAGAGAAUCCAUAGGCAGAGGAAGAGGUGCAGGAACCAGCAGAGGACAGGUUGGAACAGAAGCCAUGGGCAGAGGAAGAGGUGCAGGAACCAGCAAAGAAGGACAGGUUGGAAGAGAAUCCAUAGGCAGAGGAAGAGGUGCAGGAACCAGCAGAGGACAGGUUGGAACAGAAGCCAUGGGCAGAGGAAGAGGCGAAGGCACCAGCAAAGAAGGACAAAUUGGAGGAGGAAACAGAGGAAGGAGAGGUAGAGUGUCUCAAGUUGGGCGUAGAGGCAGAGGUUCUAGAACUGGACAAGGACUUGGAGGAAUUGGUAGUGGCUAUGCAGAAGAUAGUGUAGAAGGAGGCAGCAGCAACCAAGGAGAUGGUGGAGAGGGCCCCAUUGAACGUGAAGGCAGAGGACAGGGCCGAGGACGAGGCAGAGGACGAGGCAGAGGCCGAGGCAGAGGCCGUGGUCGACGUGGAGGAGGAGGAGGACAUGAUGCCGAGGUUGCUCGAAUUGAAGGUCUGCGUCAAGAUCGUCGUGAAAGAUUGAAGGUGAAAGUAAGAGAUAUGACGAGGGAACAAUUGGAGGACCUCGUCAUAAGGCAAGUGGAGAGGGAGCCAGGGCUUAUCAUAGAUUUAAUGAACCAGGGCCAGGCAACACCCCCAUCCCCAGGUGAAACACAACGAGACAUCCCAUCAUGGUGUGUGUGCAACAAUUGCACAGUGAAGCCUACAGAUCGGGAGAAUGUGUGUUGCGGAUACACACCUAAUGAGUGCCUCACAAGACAUGGUACCUUUGCUCUCAUAAUAGAUGAGGCAAACCUGGCACUCCAGAGGGCAAUGUGGAACGAUGCCUACAACCUUCUUGUGGCAGCUGAGGAACCAGGCCAGGCCAAUAAAUCCAUGAGGCACUCGGCCUAUAGGUCUGUAAUUUUUUGGCAGCAUGGGACAUUGGGAAGGGGUAAUAGAAGAGUUGUCCCGAGCUGCUGUUCGGACAAGAUUCAUGAGAGAUACCCAUCCCCUAAUGAUCAGUACACUGGAUUCAUCCCAGGAAGAUUUGUUUAGCUCGGUAUUCCUCAUCUUCAGUUUAACUUCUGUAGUUCAAUAGAAACUCUUAUUGAUUAGUGUCUUAGAUUUUGUUUGUUUUCGCACUGGCUAACUUGUUUCCAAAAUUUCAUUCUCUUUUAAAGCUCUAUUCAAACGCAAGAAGUAAAAUAUUUUUAUAAUGUUAUCAAAAGGAAAAGUUCACCCUAACACCGGGUCGGAUUAUAACAAAAAUCAAUCAAACACAAAAAAAUUCAAUUUCAUCAAGAUGGGAUGUAAGAAGAAAUUACAUCACUACGAUUUAUUCUGUUUGACAAGUUACAUACGCAUCAGGGGUGAUAUAUAAAUGAACCACUGACAACACACACCACUUUUCUCUUUGAAACUACUUCAACUGUGUGGUAACAAAGAUACAGUUAUCUCCCAUGGUGCCCAGUUUCCAGGCUGACCGGUUAUUUUCACAAGAUAAAAAUGAGUUGUUUUAGACAUUAUAAGGUGCACAUGUUCUAUGUCAUUUUCCAUGGUAUAUGUUUGAUUCUUACGACAUAUUGAUCAGAUACACCAUAUUGAAGUAGCUUACUUAAUUACAUUGCCAUGUCAUUACAUUAUAGCAACUGACAAGAUAUAGAUAUAUUUUGUUCAUGUAUAUGCACAUUGUAACUGUAGAUCAAUGCAAUUAAAGUUACAUUCAUUGAUGGACCUUAUUUUGACAUGCAACCUUAGUUGAAAACAUACUCGUACAUUGUAUAAGCAUGAAAGUUGUAAUGAUAAAAGGUAACCGUUUCUGAUUGAGAGAAAAUAGAGACAAACUGUAAAAUGUAUCAGUGAAAGGAUUUAUACGAAUGAUUAUACAAUAUGCAACUGAGGACCAUUAUUUUUUCAUGUAGUUUUAUUUCUAAACAUUUAUUUGUACCUCGAUUAUAUGUAUAAAGAAUGCCAUGAUCAUAAAAUCAUGUCCUUUGAAAGAAAAAAACAACAACUUUCUUUUGGCGAUGUAGGCAAGUUACACCACAGGUGCCUCAUAUAAAAGCAUGAACAAACUUAUGUUCUUCUAAUGGUUGAACGGUUUGGGUUCAGUUGUAAUACUGGCUUCUGCUUAUAUUUAUGAGUUUGCAAUGUCAUGUAAAAAUAAUCAUAGGACAAAUACUGUACAGCUAUUCUAAAGAGGAACAUUAUUUUUUGGUCGUAGAAUUAUUUCCUUCUCAAAAUAUUGCUGGUGACAAAAGGGACAACAUAAAACUGAGAAUAACAGAAAUAAACAGGAUUUGAUAUCCAGCUUGUCACAAAAUAAGAAAAUAUACUGUACUUUGAACGACUGGAAUAAGUGCGGCAAAAUAAGAACAUAUACUGUACUUUGAACGACUGGAAUAAGUGCGACAAGAUCAAAUCAAUUUUCCAAUAGAUGUUUUGGAGUUUAUUUUCACAAGGAGUCGAGUGUGACACGCAAUCUAAUUGAUUAAUUGAUAUGCAGUAGAGCAUGUCAUCUUUCAUAACAUGACUUGACCAUGUGAUACUUUUUAUAAUGCAUGCAUUUGGAAAUUUAAGUGCAACUCUAAAAAUCUUACUUUUAAAAGAUCUUUGUGAAACACCCCACUGGUCUACAAAUUCCUUGGACUUUUGAAAAUAAAAAUUGUAAUAUUUACUUUUGCAUGUUUCCUAUAUUUGAUAUGUUAUUCUUCAUUAAACCAAACCAAAGAUAUUUGUUGAUCUUCCCCG